UCUUUUCUUUUUGGUAAGACUGAAGCCCGAAAGCAUCAGCCAUGGAUUUUCAGCACCGCCCGGGAGGUAAAACUGGAAGCGGAGGUGUCGCCUCAGCCUCGGAGAGCAACCGAGACCGCAGAGAAAGGCUAAGGCAGCUGGCGCUGGAAACGAUCGAUAUCAACAAGGAUCCCUAUUUUAUGAAAAACCACUUGGGGUCUUACGAGUGCAAGCUUUGCCUGACGCUGCACAACAACGAGGGAAGCUACUUGGCACACACCCAGGGGAAAAAGCACCAGACCAAUUUAGCUCGGAGAGCAGCCAAGGAAGCCAAAGAAGCCCCGGCACAGCCUGCUCCCGAAAAAGUGAAAGUCGAAGUGAAGAAGUUUGUGAAAAUUGGCCGGCCAGGUUAUAAAGUGACCAAGCAAAGGGACCCAGAGACAGGCCAGCAGAGUCUUCUCUUCCAGAUCGACUACCCGGAGAUCGCCGAGAGCAUCAUGCCCAGACAUCGCUUCAUGUCGGCCUACGAGCAGAGGAUCGAGCCCCCAGACCGGCGCUGGCAGUACCUCCUGAUGGCAGCCGAGCCCUACGAGACCAUUGCUUUCAAGGUGCCUAGCAGAGAGAUCGAUAAAGCGGACACCAAGUUCUGGACUCACUGGAACCGAGAAACAAAACAGUUCUUCCUUCAGUUCCACUUCAAGAUGGAGAAACCCCCUGCUCCUCAGACCAUCCCUGCCGGACCUGCGACUGUGAAGAGACCCCCGCCACCUCCCCUCAUGAACGGCUUGCCCCCCAGGCCGCCACUGCCGGAAUCCAUCCCGCCCCCGCCCCCUGGAGGAAUGGCUAUGCCCCCCAUGCCACCCCCUGCUGGGCCCGUCCCCUUGCCCCCGGGGCCCCCUCAGCUCCCACCAGCUCCCGGCGUCCCCCCUCCUGCCCCCAUGCCCCCCAUGCUCAGACCCCCUCUCCCCACAGACGGGCCGGGAAACAUCCCUCCACCACCGCCCACCAACUGAAAACCCCCCUCCUCGCAUUUGAACUCUCCGUGGCAUCGUUGAAGGGCCCCCCUGUCGAUCCUGCUUGCUGUUGCUUUUUUUUAAAAAGAAGAUAUUCCGAUGACUUGUUCACAAUUGUGUAAGUUCAUUAAAAAGACUUUCUCUCCUUUGU